AGGAAAGCUCUGACAGCCUUCCACAAAUGGAAGCUGCUGCUGAGCCUACUGUUUUGGAGGAGCGAGAUCAGAAGACGACAAUCUCUACUUUUGAGACCCCUACUGACAGUGACAGCCGCAUAGAGGAGGAAAUACUCGACUACACUCACGAGAUUCCAACGCCUGAUGAAGGUUUUCUACAAAUUUGUGCUGCUGUCGAUCCGCAUAUGUCGGAAACUUUGAGAGAUGCUAUCUGGGCCCAGCUUUUCACGAUGACUGAAAAGGUUGAUUUGGAUGAUGAGACUAUAGCAUAUGUUCCUUGUGCUUUCUAUUGUGUGAUGCUGGAGAUGGAAAAGUUCAAUUCUCGGCCAUUCUCAUACUCUAUGCUAAGUAUCCUCAAAAUAUGCAGCGUGAGUGUAAUGGAAUUCUUUGACAAAUUGGGCCGCUGGAUUGAUAUCGCUACCUCUUCAAAGAAGAUUCAAGAGCAUUCUUUCAAAAUCCAAUCAUCCCUGGCUAUCUCGGUAGUAAUCUACAAGAAAUUAUUACCAAUAUUUCGCAGUCUCUUCCAAUAUGUUCCUUCGAGCUCAAGCCAGACGUUCGAUUCAAACAGUUUAUUCUCAUUCAUUUGGUUAACUGUUAUAAUAAUGAAAAAGUCCUUACCUAGUGAGGAUCUAUUGACUUGUUUUCAUAUGCUUUUAUGUGUAGUUGAAUGGGUGUACAAAGAUCUCUGCUUUCAUGACUGUGAAGACCACGUUGAACCUGAAUCAGCUAUCCAUAUGAUGGAAAACAAGGAUGGAGUACGGGUGCUCGAGGUGUUGUGUAGAUCAUUUGAUGGAGUGCUGCUCGAUGCCAAACAUUUUCGGACACAUUGGUUCAAUGUCAAGCGAGAGACCAUAUUGCCGUCAUUGAAACAUAAAGAUUUGGACUUACAGACGAACAUUGAACGUUACCUGAAUUCUCUCAAUGAUGCCUACAAUGCUAUAAUGCUUCGGAAAGGAGAGAUUGAUGAGCGAAUGUUUAUUCCUGCUGAUAUCACCACUGUGUUUGAGCCGUCCUCUGACUCUUCUGCGGUAGAACUUCUACGACGGGGGUCGACUGAAAACCGAUUCGCUGAUGCUGAACUUCUCCUAACAAUGUCUACUCAGAAUUGCUUGGAAAAGCUGGCCGAUGUCAAGCGACCUCCAUCCAGGAGCGACGCCAAAAGUUACAUAAUCUCCUCACAACAACUAAGGCCGCUUUGUCCAAUGACGCAAACUGAUACUACGGCCAGUCCGUCUCAGAAAUUGAAUCCUCUUGUUCCUAGUGAUUUCAAACUGGAAGGAUCAUCGUUACAACGAGUUUGUCUCCAAAUGAGAGACAAUCCUGUGUCGCUCAUCACCUUGAGUGCUGACAUGAUGGGAGAGAGAUUUGUCGAGCGCGUGACUUCUGAGUGCACUGAUAAAGAAGAUCUCUAUGAUCCUGCAAUAUCACAAGCUCCAGAAGAGCAUAGGGAAGCAAUCACGACACUCUUCUUUGUUCUUGUGGAGAAAAUAGUUUUGGAAGAGAGAAAACGUAAUCCUGACAGAGACCUUGAGGGCCUGUUGCGGAAAGAAGAGUUUCUUUCCGCGGUCUUUUGUUGCGCUAUGGAGUUGGUUUUGUUUGUCCAAGAAAGCGAAAGAGUAUUUCCAUGGUGUUUAGAGGUGUGUGGGCUGCCUGCUGUCAGUUUUCAAAAGAUUAUCGAGGUCGUCAUACGUAAUGAGUCACGCCUUACGAGAGAAAUGGUUCGACAUCUGAACCAUGUCGAAGAAAGAGUGCUUGAAGAAUUGGCUUGGACCAAAGAUAGCGCUUUGUGGACGGCGUUAAGUCGAAAACCUGACAGCGUACCAACAUGUGAUGAAGCAUGGGGUAACCCAACAAGAAUAGUGAAUCCGCUAGGCUCACCACCAAAGAGAAUGCGUUACGAUUCCGAAUCUAACACUUUUUCUCAGCUGCAAUUACCACCCUGCAAUGCGCAAAAGUCGUUUUUUAGCAAGAUAUACUAUCUAGCCUCAAUUCGACUUUCUGAUCUUUGUGAGCGAAUACGGGUAGACGAUCGUGGCCGGAGAAUGAUGUGGACAGUGUUUGAGUACAUAGUUAAGGAAGAACGGUCACUCUUUGUGGACAGGCAUCUUGAUCAGAAUCUGCUUUGCAUUGUAUAUGUUGUAUGCAAAGCAAACAAAGCCGAUGUGUCAUUUGUGGAUAUUAUGGCACAUUAUCGCCACCAACCCCAAGCGGAUUCUCGCAUCUAUCGCAUGGUCCGAGUUGAUUCAAGCGUUUGUUUGGCAAAUGACUCAAGCGCUAGUGAAGAUGGGAGUUCACGAGACUCUUCCUCUGCAACGGAUUCGCAACCUUUGAGAAGCCGUUCAAGUGUUGCCACAUCGCCAGGUCCUUCCCAAUCCGCUGUCCCCUCUUCUAAGGCUGGUACACUUGAUCCAGAUAUGGUAGCUGGACAGCACGUUGAUCUCAUCGUUUAUUACAACAAGGUGUUUCUUCCUAGAGUUGAAGAUUUCAUGAAAAAGAUUGGCGAAAACUGUCCAUUGGCUAGCUUGACACCAAUGCCUAUACGACGGAUACCUAGAGGCACACCACUGAAGAGGAAUCUUUCGGAUAAGGUAUCGGUGAUGGCCUACACUCCCACUCCGCUGCUUCAACGACCUGAACCUACUACAAUACGAUACAAGAUCACUCCGAGUCCAAGCAAGGACUUUCGUGCUAUAAAUCAGCUAAUCAGCAAGAGCAGGACCUUCUCUUACACAGGUGAAUUUCUUCUGAGUCAGUAACAACCAAGUUCUGCUUCGUUUGCAGCGUUGUGAUUUAUAGUGAUAUAUACUUUCAUGUCCUUCUUUUUGUUUCCUCUGUAAAUGAUUGUCAGUUUUGAUGUGUCAUUUGUUGACUUCGAAGCAGUUCUCAUCUCCCUUCCAAAAGAAAAUUUACCUCUCUAUAAUCUAGGUUAGUUUUAUAAAUUAUUCAACAUUUGUACAUAAUCAUCUUUCGUUCUUUGUGUAAUCAUGAGCUCUUGUGAAGCCAAAAGUUUUUGCAUGGGUUUGUCCAAGGUAAAUUUUGGUUGAGUAAUGUUUU